AUGGCGCUGGACGAAUCUGAAGCCACUGCAAGGACGAAGAGGUGCCUCGAGAGGAUCAAGAGCCACGAUAAAUCAUCGGCCAAAGUUAUCUUUAUCUUCGGCAAGGAAGGCGUCGGGAAGUCAUCACUAGCAGAGAAAAUCACCCAAGUGACAGGCCUUGCUGGUAACGGAGCAGCUGACGUCCCGCCGUCCGGCCCAGGCACGGAAAAAUGCCAGAUAAUCGACACGGAAAUCAACGGCACCACAUACUUCAUCGUCGAUACCCCCGGCUUCUACGACGAAGCCAGCCAGUGGCACAUAUUCCACGACAUCGCCGACACAUUCAACCAGAUCCGCGGGCAUGCAGUCAUCGCCGCAAUUUUCUUCGUCACACCAAUCAAUACUUUCACGCGCCGCCUCGACGAGCUUGAACAGCGGCUCUACGCCUGGCUUACCGAGCUCUGCGGCGAGACCUUCUUCCCCUACCUAACCUUCGUCACGACCUUCUGGGAAGGCCAGACAAAGGCAUACAACGAGCGCCUCGAGGCGCGGAAGCGGGCUGAGUGGGCGAGCUUUCUGCUUCAAGGGGCGCGCACAUACCAGUUUGGGAAGAGACACGUUGAUGGGUUUGAGAUGGAGGAGGUGCUGAGCUGGGAUGUCGACGCGGACGAGCUGAGUAAUCAUGCUAGGAAGAUGGUCGUCCGGCACUGUCGCAACGACUCGUCUUCUGUCGAGCCUUUGUUUUUGCGGGAGCUCAGUUCGGGUGUAAGUCUUGACGCUACGUCCGCGGCGAAGAUCUUCCGCCCAGAGUCCUCUACUUCUAAUACUGGCACAUCUCAAAAGCCUCUGACUCCCGACAAUGCAAAACCUGCGAACAGCAGGAGGCGGGGAACGGGCAAUAAGACUGAGGCCUCUAGUACAUCGCAGCCUGCAGAGGGGUUUUCCCUUGUGCAGAAUAUAGUCCGCGAACUUGGGCGAGGCGUAGGAGACGCACUCAUGAGUUAUGUUCCCGUCAUUGCUCAGAACAUGAUCGCAGGUCAGCUUGGUGGUGGUGGUGGUGGUGGUCUCGUGUUGCGGAGGAACGGCGGGCCUGGGGCGAUGGCAGCACAGGGUUUCGACAUAAACUCGUCCGUGGACACGGCUAAGUUCCUUGGUCUAUCAUCGGACUUCGAGAGCAGGAAGCGGUUAUAUACUGAGCUUGGAGGGCCGGGUAUCUUCACGGGAAGUGCUGCUAAUGGUGAUUGGCUGCGAGAUCAAUUCUGGCGCAGGGCUAAGGACUGA